GUCAGUGACGCAUAUAGUCUACUGUACAUUCAGAUGCAGAUGGAGGCUAUGAAAUAAACAAAACAUCAUCGCCAUUUAGUACGGGAGAAAGCGGCGAGCAGUGCAGGCUACGGUAGGAGUAGUGUUUUGGCCAGCCAUGCCUGUUGCCGUGGCAGCAGCAGCAAGACAGGAAGUGUGUGUGUGAGUACGCCCAGUCCGGUGGUUUCCGCGGGGAUGAACAUGCCACUGCACCAGAUCUCUGUCAUCCCCCGUGAUGUCCCUUCCUCCCGGGUCAGCAGCAGCGGAAAGGCCAAGGACAAAGACAAACAGAAUGAGAAGCCCCUCGGUCAUUCUGCCAGCAGGUCCAGCAAUAUUUCCAAGGCGGGGAGCCCCACCUCCGUCAACGCCCCCUGCAACUUCUCACGAACGUCGGUCACCCCCUCCAACCAGGACAUCUGCAGGAUCUGUCACUGUGAAGGAGAUGAUGAGAGCCCGUUGAUAACACCGUGCCACUGCACGGGCAGCCUGCGUUUCGUCCACCAGGCGUGCCUGCAGCAGUGGAUCAAGUCCUCAGACACACGCUGCUGUGAACUCUGCAAGUACCAGUUCAUCAUGCAGACCAAGCUCAAACCCCUGCGCAAGUGGGAGAAGCUCCAGAUGACGUCUAGUGAGAGGAGGAAGAUCAUUUGUUCUGUGACGUUCCAUGUCAUCGCCAUCACCUGCGUGGUGUGGUCCCUCUACGUGCUCAUCGACCGCACUGCAGACGAGAUCAGAGCAGCCGGAAGAAUCCCAGGUAUCCUGGAGUGGCCAUUCUGGACCAAACUGGUGGUGGUAGCCAUCGGCUUCACUGGCGGCCUGGUCUUCAUGUACAUCCAGUGUAAAGUCUACAUCCAGCUGUGGCGAAGACUCAAGGCCUACAACCGGGUGAUCUACGUCCAGAAUCGCCCGGAGACGUGUAAAAAGCAGAUGUUGGAGAAGCCUCCUCUCAUGGAGCCCAAUGUGGAGCACAAGGAGGCUCUGGCCCCGACCCAGUCAGACACAAACUCCUCCCAGUACACAGAGACAGAAGACUACAGUAUGGAAGUGCUCCAUGUCUGACCGACAUAUACACACAUACAGGGACACACCAUGUCUGACCCACAUAUACACACAUACAGGGACACACCAUGUCUGACCCACAUAUACACACAUACAGGGACACACCAUGUCUGACCCACAUAUACACACAUACAGGGACACACCAUGUCUGACCCACAUAUACACACAUACAGGGACACACCAUGUCUGACCCACAUAUACACACAUACAGGGACACACCAUGUCUGACCCACAUAUACACACAUACAGGGACACACCAUGUCUGACCCACAUAUACACACAUACAGGGACACACCAUGUCUGACCCACAUAUACACACAUACAGGGACACACCAUGUCUGACCAACAUAUACACACAUACAGGGACACACCAUGUCUGACCCACAUAUACACACAUACAGGCACACACCAUGUCUGACCCACAUAUACACACAUACAGGGACACACCAUGUCUGACCAACAUAUACACACAUACAGGGACACACCAUGUCUGACACACAUAUACACACAUACAGGGACACACCAUGUCUGACACACAUAUACACACAUACAGGGACACACCAUGUCUGACCCACAUAUACACACAUACAGGGACACACCAUGUCUGACCCACAUAUACACACAUACAGGGACACACCAUGUCAGACCCACAUAUACACACAUACAGGGACACACCAUGUCAGACCCACAUAUACACACAUACAGGGACACACCAUGUCUGACACACAUAUACACACAUACAGGGACACACCAUGUCUGACACACAUAUACACACAUACAGGGACACACCAUGUCUGACCCACAUAUACACACAUACAGGGACACACCAUGUCUGACCCACAUAUACACACAUACAGGGACACACCAUGUCAGACCCACAUAUACACACAUACAGGGACACACCAUGUCAGACCCACAUAUACACACAUACAGGGACACACCAUGUCUGACCAACAUACAAGGCAUUCAGAAAGUAUUUAGAUACCUUGACUUUUUCCACAUUUCUUUUACGUGACAUCCUUGUUCUAAAAUGGAUUAAAUUGAUUUCCCCCUCAUCAAUCUACACACAAUACCAGAUAAUGACAAAGCAAAAUCAGGUUUUUAGACAUUUUUGCAAUUGUAUAUAUAACCCCCCAGAAAUAUCACAUUUACAUAAGUAUUCAGACCCUUUACUCAGUACUUUGUUGAUGUACCUUUUGCAGCAAUUACAGCCUUGAGUUUGUUGGGUAUGAUGCUACAAGCUGAUGACACACCUGUAUUUGGGGAGUUUAUAACCUUCCUCUCUGUAGAUCCUUCAAGCUCUAUCAGGUUGGAUGGGAUGCGUCGCUGCACAGCUAUUUUCAGGUCUCCCCAGAGAUGUUUGAUCGGGUUGAAGUACGGGCUCUGGCUGGGCCACUCAAUGAUAUUAAGAGACUUGUCCCGAAGCCACUCGUGCGUUGUCUUGGCUGUGUGCUUAGGGUCAUUGUCCUGUUGGAAGGUGAACCUUCGCCCCAGUCUGAGGUGCUGAGUGCUCUGGAGCAGGUUUUCAUCAAGGAUAUCUCUGUACCGUUCCGUUCAUCUUUCCCUCAUUCCUGACGGGUCUCGUCUGUCCCUUCCGCUGAAAAACAUCCCCACAGCAUGAUGCUGCCAUCACCAUGCUUCACCAUAGGGAUGGUGCCAGGUUUCCUCCAGACAUGAUGCUGCCAUCACCAUGCUUCACCAUAGGGAUGGUGCCAGGUUUCCUCCAGACAUGAUGCUGCCAUCACCAUGCUUCACCAUAGGGAUGGUGCCAGGUUUCCUCCAGACAUGAUGCUGCCAUCACCAUGCUUCACCAUAGGGAUGGUGCCAGGUUUCCUCAAGAGUUCAAUCUUGGUUUCAUCAGACCAGAGAAUCUUGUUUCUUUUGGUCUGAGAGUCCUUUAGGUACCUUUUGGCAAACUUCAAGUGGGCUGUCAUGUGCCUUUUACUGAGGAGUGGCUUCCGUCUGGCCACUCUACCAUAAAGGCCUGAUUGGUGGAGUGCUGCAGAGAUGGUUCGUCCUUCUGGAAGGUUCUCCCAUCUACACAGAGGAACUCUGGAUCUCUGUCAGUGACCAUCGGGUUCUUGUUCACCUUCCUGACCAAGGCUCUUCUCCCCCGAUUGCUUAGUUUAGCUGGGCGGCCAGCUCUAGGAAGAGUCUUGGAGGAUCCAAACUUCUUCCAUUUAAGAAUGAUGGAGGCUACUGUGUUCUUGGAGACCUUCAAUGCUGCAGACAUUUUUUGGUACCCUUCCCCAGAUCUGUGCCUCGACACAAUCCUGUCUCGGAACUCUACGGACACAUCCUUCGAACUCAUGGCUUGGUUUUUGCUAUGACAUGCACUAUCAACUCUGUGUCCUUUUAUAAACCGGUUAUUUGACUUUACAAAUCAUGUCCAAUCAAUUGAAUUUACCACAAGUGGACUUCAUUCAAGUUGUAUGGACAGCUCAAGGAUGAUCAAUGGAAACAGGAUGCACCUGAGCUCAAUUUCGAGUCUCAUAGCAAAGGGUCAGAAUACUUAUGUAAAUAAGAUGUUUUUUAUUUUUAAUACAUUUGCUAACAUUUCUAAAAACCUGUUUUCACUUUAUGGGGUAUUGUGUGUAGAUGAAUAAGAAUUAAAAUUAUUUUAAUUGA